GGGGGGGGGGGGGAUGGAGUGAUGGUUAUGGAAAUUUUUAAGACAGUGGGGAGAUACCAAGUUUCCCUCUUGCACAACAAAAAGUAAUAGAUAAGUCACACCGUUACCAUCCAAAACUGAAGCAGUGAAAAAUUUCUCUUUCAAACCCAAACUGCCAAUUUUUUUCAGUAAAUGACAUUGAAUUAUCUUGACUCUGAGUUACAGGAUUUCAUCAAUAGAUUCACAUGACACUGACCCAUCAUUUUUGUUGAAUGGCCAUUUUGAUGCUCCACCUGGUUCUCCGGGCGCUGGUGAUUGUGGCUCAUGUGUUGCAUCAAUGCUGGAAAUAGCCCGGCUCACUGUUGAUUCUGGAUGGAUUCCUCCUCGACCCAUUAUAUUUCUAUUUAAUGGCGCAGAAGAACUUUUUAUGCUGGGUUCACAUGGCUUCAUGACAACACAUAAAUGGCGUGAUACAAUCGGAGCUUUUAUAAAUGUCGAAGCGUCUGGGACUGGAGGGCUAGGUAAGUAUUUUGUUUGGAUUAGUGAGCUAGGUAAGUAUUUAUUGGCUGCUAAUAUGUUCAUUUUGCAAAGAUUUGAAUUUUUUUGCCAUGCUGGUGCUUAUCAAUUGGGAGUGCAACCAGCUUCUGGUUCUUGGUAGACAUUAUUCUUUACAGUGGCAGUUACCUCUUACGUCAAGCUAGCAAAAAAGGAAUCUAUGAGAUGAACUAGUGAUAGCGGCCUUCUUACAAUUACUGAUUCUAAUAUGGUUGAAAAUAUAUUGAGGUUCAAUCAUUCAUGAAGUGGUUGAAUCUCCUAGUGCAAAUGAGAAAUAUUUUUUUCCUUUGAGUGUUUGGCCUAUCUAAUGCACAGCAGUUGAAAAGAACUAAUAUGUAGACAAGUACCAAAAAUAUUGCCUCUAGGUUGCCACUGUGUGGCUUGUAACCAAAAUUUUGAAUGGACGAUGCAAAUGGAUAGAAUUGAACACAAGUCAUGGCAACAACAAUAAACCUCAAUUGUGUGAUAGCUAUUUCUAUGCAGCUGCUCUGCUGUUAAUCCAGCUGCACUUUCAUAAGCUACAUUUGUAUGAUUAAGUUAAGAGAUUUUUUAAGUCUUGUUAAGAGGAUUGUGGAAAGAAUGUACUGUGAAGACGACCUUUUCCCAAGGUUAUCAGAGUGGGUUUUGUGCUUUUUUGUGAGACAUUGGCUGAUUGCUUUUUAUUUGUUUUUACUGAUUUAUAUUGCACUUUAUGGAGCUAUAUUGGGUUUGUGGCUUCAAUAAACAUUAAUUCUGUUGAACAAGUUGGCUAACCAAAUGCAUUUGUAUGCUACAUUACUACGGAAAAAAAUUAAGAAAACUCUAUUGCAUUAAUGGAGGGUGCAAACUGUAGGUUUUAUUUCAUGUGAUGCUACUGCAUCUUUUUUUUAAGCAGAAUUUAUUUGCUGAUUUUUAUUAUUCAAGUAACAGAUGUUGUGUGCCAAACUGGACCUGGAUCUUGGCCUUCCUAUAUCUAUUCUCAAUCAGCUCUAUAUCCAAUGGCAAAUAGUGCAGCUCAGGAUGUUUUUGGAGCUGUUCCUGGUGACACGGAUUACAGAAUAUUUGCCAAUGAUUAUGGCAACAUUCCAGGGCUGGAUAUUAUAUUUCUCCUUGGGGGUUAUUUUUAUCAUACAUCCUCCGAUACUGUGGAAAGACUAUUACCAGGAAGUAUCCAAGCACGUGGGGACAAUUUGUUUGGUGUAGUUAAAGCACUCUCCAAUUCUUCUAAGCUACGAAAUGCCCACGACCGAGAGUCUCUUAGAGACACUGCUGUUGGAUCUGAAGAUGAGCGGGCUGUUUUCUUUGAUUACUUGUCAUGGUUCUUGAUAUUCUAUUCAAGAAGGCAAGCAAUGAUACUUCAUAGUAUUCCUUUUGCUCUCUACUUUCUUAUGCCUUUUUUUCUGCGCCUCCCAAAUAGCGGAGUAUGGUCUUCCUUCAUGACCUUCUGGGACUUUUUCAAAGGAAUGAUUUUGCAUGCUAUUGGGAUUAUACUUGCCAUUAUUUUUCCAGUUAUCUUUAGCAUCCUGCGGCUGCUAUUCUCUGGUCAUUCAAUGCACUGGUUUGCUAAUCCAUACUUAGCUUUUAUGAUGUUCAUACCCUGUUCACUUGCUGGUCUGUUGAUUCCAAGGAUUGUUUGGCGAUGCUUUCCUCUCUCUCAGGAUGUUUCUGUUCUCAAAUCAUCAAAAGAGCAACUAGCAGAUGAAGCAAGGUUUUGGGGAGCAUUUGGGCUGUAUGCUUUAUUGACGCUGGCUUAUCUUUUAGCUGGGUUGAAUGGAGGUUUCUUGACUUUUUGGUCAGCAGCCUUUAUGCUUCCUGCAUGGAUCUCAUUCUGCGUAUCAAUUAAAUCCUUUGGUCACAAAUCACUCAGGUCUACGGCAUGUUAUGUGGUACCCCUUAUACCUUUCCUUAUCUACUCUGUUUACUUUGGUGGGUUAAUGGCCCAGUUCUUGAUCGAGAAAAUGGGCAUGAUGGGCUCACUACCACCGCCUUAUGGGUAUUUCAUUCCUGAUGCUGUAGUGGCAGCAACUAUUGGAAUUGUGACCGGUUGGUGUACAGGACCUCUUAUACCAGUUGCUGGCCAUUGGUUAGCCAGGUCAUCUAUAAUGCAAUUCUUGCUGCAUAUUAGUGUGCUUGCCUUGGCUCUAUCAUCCCAGUUCUUUCCAUACAGCACAGAUGCACCUAAAAGGGUUGUUUUCCAGCAUACAGUUCUGACUGCAGAUGCAGCUCAAGUUGUGGGCUCCAGUUAUGAUUUAUCUGUAGUUGACUCCAACUCCCUACUUUUUCUUUUCAAACAUGCUCCAGAAGUGUCAAAGGAACUACACAUUGGUUCAGAGUUAUUGUUUGACACCAUCAGUCAGUCUCGCCAAGAGAGUUGGGUGGGAAUUUUUCCAGUAUCUUUCUUGUUUUCAAGAAGCUUAAAAUUCCCCGCAGACAAUGAUGAUAUCUUGAAGCAAUAUCGAUACUUCCCUCAUUUAUCGUCUUAUAAGCCCCAAAUCAUUUACAGUGGGGGAUCUCGGAGAGUUUACUUGGAGUUUUCGUUGGGUUCUUCAAAGGAGGUUUGGGUUGCAGUCCUUAAUAUUACUGGUCCCUUAUCCAAUUGGUCUCUUGCAAGCAAUAUACUUCCAGGUCCAGAAAGGCUUGAUGGUGGUCCACCCUCAUACAUAUGUAGGUUUAGUGGAGUAGCCCAGGAGAACUGGACGUUCUGGCUGGAGGCCAGCAGUUCUGAAGCUUUACAAGUUGAAGUUGCUGUAGUAGACCAAUAUUUAGUGGAGCCGGCAAAGAAGUUGAAAAGUCUUUUUCCUAAUUGGGUGGAUGUCACUGCUUAUACAAGUUUUCUGUCAAGUUAUAUCUUCUAGUUUACCUUUCCCUGUUUUGUAAGGCUAUGAUUCUAUGAGGUACCCCGAAAUGUUCUGGAAAUACUCUGUUGAUUUUAAAUUUAUUAGUUAAAGCAAUAUGAUUUUGUUAUAAUCGUCAUUUGGAUCAUGAUUGACUCAAAUACUUGCUGGAUGUGGCCAAAAGUAGAAGUA